AUGUCUAACUUCUACUCGCGUUAUGUUCCGCCCGCAAAGAAGGUCGAUGCGACCAGUGCCUCUCCCAAGCCAGAAAAGCGAAAACGAGAACAAGAUGCUGUACCGCGAGAAAAGAAAAGCAAGCGUAUAAAAUCCUCGAAUCAUUCCGAGCAUGCCGACCCUGAGACUCGUGAAGCUAUUACUCCGAGAGACGAAAAGGUCUCCGAAGCAAUCGCUGAAGAUGCUGGAAAGAGUGUCAUUGACAGGUACCGAGUCACGAAACAACCCUCAGAGGGCAAACCUGCAAUCAAAGUAAAGACUCGAGCCUCGAAGAAAACCACGAACCAUGAAGCGAUGGACUCGGAAACCCAAGAGCCGGAAGAUGACCUUGAGCACGCAGGGCUCGAUCAAAAUGAAGAGCAAGGUCAAGACUAUAAUGAGGUACAUGAUCGAAGACACGCAUCUGUGCUGUCCAAAUUUGAGAAAGCUAGGCGGAAAGGGCAGCACGAAGAUCUAUCAGUCGAUACACCCUCAGACAAACCUCCAGUAGUGCUUCACGGACUGGAGCCUAUACCUCAGCCGGAGCAGGUGGAAGUCGCUCCAGGUAUACCAACCUAUUCGACACUACCUUCCUGGCAAGAAAGGCCUCUGAAUGUCCCAUCGAGCUCUUCUAGCACCUUUGAGUCGCUCGGCGUGUCCGGAACCGUCCUGGACAACCUGCGGAAAGCCAACCUUGACAGAGCAUUUCCCGUACAAGCAACUGUCGUGCCCCUGCUAUUGGACGGGCCGGACACGCAUCAAGGCGACCUCUGCGUGUCUGCCGCCACCGGCUCUGGCAAGACAUUGGCCUACGUUGUACCCAUCAUAUCUGGCUUGAGGAACGUCGUUGGAACCAAGUUGAGGGCUGUCAUUGUGGUGCCGACCAGAGAACUUGUCAAGCAGGUACGCGAACUUUGCGAUGUUUGCGCUGCGGGAAGCUCUCUGGUCAUAGCCACCGCUGUUGGCAGCAAAUCGCUCAAGGAUGAGCAGGACAUGCUUGUUGCAGAAGAAAAGAUCUACAGUCCAGAAGAGUACUACAGACAUCAGCGGGAAAGGGUGGACUGGGCCAACUUCUCCCUGGAAAGGCUUAUGCGUAAGGUGCAAAGCGAAGAUCCUGUCGCUUCUAUUGGUUAUGUUACUCGAUACUCUUCGAGAGCGGACAUCCUCAUUACAACGCCUGGCCGUCUUGUCGACCAUCUGAAAUCUACUCCUGGUUUCACAUUAAACGAUGUGAAAUGGCUUGUGGUAGAUGAAGCUGAUAGGUUGCUCAACGAAAGCUACCAAGAGUGGAUUGACGUAGUCACUCCAGCUUUGGCAUCACAAGCCGCCACACGGGAGAGGGAUGACCUUCUCAAGUUCAUGAGAAUGACGCCGCCAAGACGACAAGUCACGAAGAUCCUGCUGUCUGCGACCAUGACCCGCGACGUGUCAAAGCUCAACGCACUGGGACUACACAAUCCUAGGUUGGUUGUGUUGGGCGGCUCCUCGAAAGAAGCCGCCACGGGUGAAGCUAUAAGUGCCGAGCUUGGGGCCGAAACACCGUCUGGCGAUGUCAGGGACGCUUUCCAUUUGCCUGCAUCAUUGAGGGAGACGGCAAUCGCAAUAUCUGAUGGAUCUGAUAAGCCCUUGUAUCUGCUCGAGCUUCUGAGACAUCAUGUUGGGAUCAACUUGGGACAACCGGACACGAAGGAAGUGGGAACUGAUUUGGAGUCUGACGCCGGGUCGGAUUCGACCUCUGAUACUUCGUCUGACUCCGAAAGCUCAACAUCAUCGUCUUCUGAUGACGACUCAAGUGUCGCAAGCUCAACACAUGGAGAGAGGCCUCCAAAAGGUCAGCAGAACGGUGAUCAGAAACCACCUGACAGCGCCGGAAAGACUCCUCGAGCAUUGAUUUUUGCCCGCUCAACAGCUUCAGCGACUCGCUUGUCCAGAUUGCUCGUUCUGCUCUACCCUGCCAUUGCAACUCGAGUCUCGACUUUGACCAGGAGCACGGCUUCAUCGGGUUCAUCUCGGCGUGCGCUGUCAUUAUUCUUGAGGUCGAAGAUAUCAGUCUUGAUUUGUACAGAUCGUGCCUCACGUGGCUUGGACGUACCAGAUCUGGAACACGUCGUUUCAUACGAUGUACCAAACAGUGCUCUGACAUAUGUUCACCGUGUUGGUCGAACUGCUCGGGCUGGCAAAACAGGUCAGGCCUGGACCUUUGUCGAGCACCGUGAAGGUGCUUGGUUUUGGCGAGAGAUUGGAGGGAAGGCUAAUAACGCAGGCGCCAGCGCUGGUGGAGACGAUCAGAAACUCCAAAGGCAAACUAAGAUCAAGCGCCUUACACUGACUGUCGGCGACGAGGACAUCAGAAAGCGAUACGAUGAAGCACUGCAGAAGCUAGGAGAGGAGGCUCGAGCUACCUAA